AUCUGCUAAAUUGUGUUGGCGCUCCUUGAACGUUACACUCAGUGUGUUUGACUUAAAGGAGACGCAACAAAGCUCACAAGAUGGCUGCGCUCCCGGCUGAUCCAAUAAGUAGAUUUCCUAUCGCUUUAAGAGAGCAAAAAACGGUUGUGUUUUCUGUGAUGUUCUUUCGGUUUAUUUAGGAAACGUAUGUAAUUACAAAACCUGUGUGUGUAGAACUUGGCGCGUUAACGGAAAACACCCUACUGUUGAUGUAAAGGCCUCCUGCCAUCACAGUGUAUUUAUACUACUACAGUAGAUGUGGGUUUUUCCUCGUUUGUCAAGUAAGCCUUCUUGACUUUAUGCGGAGUUAUAGACGGGCUAAAUUGCCUUCCCUGCGAUGGAAUGGCGACCAAAGUGAGGAUGUAAAUAAAGACAGAGCUGGUGGAAUAUAAGGCCGCGAAUCAGUCCUCGGCCCCCAGUGCACCUGUCACCCCAAGAACGAGACUAAAGGAGCGGGGAGCCAUUUGCACGAGAGGCACCUUGCCUUCACAAGCACGCGGCUCCUGUGGCAUUUUAAGGUAGACAGAAGAUGGAGGCGAUAAAGACUGAAAGUUCAGAUCAUUUUGAGAGUGUUGAGGAGGAAGUGAAGGUGGACGAAUUAGUGGUGGAAGAACCUGGUGGUCCAGCGAAGAGAGGGCGCCGGAAAAAAGAUAAAACCCCAAGGAUGCCAACAAAAAGAAAGAAGCCCCCAGUGCAGUAUGUUCGCUGUGAAAUAGAAGGCUGCGGCACCGUUCUGGCUAGCCCUCGCUACUUGAAGCAUCACAUCAAAUACCAGCACUUGCUGAAAAAGAAGUAUGUGUGCCCUCAUCCUAAUUGUGGAACGCUGUUCCGCCUACAGAAGCAGCUACUUCGUCAUGCAAAACACCAUACAGACCAGGGAGAUUACGUCUGUGAGUUCUGUGCUCGUGCCUUCAAGAGCUCCCAUAAUUUAGCUGUGCAUCGGAUGAUCCACACAGGAGAGAAGCCCCUCCAAUGUGAGAUCUGUGGCUUCACCUGUCGCCAGAAGGCCUCCCUCAACUGGCACAUGAAGAAGCACGAUGCUGAUGCCACCUAUCAGUUCUCCUGCUCCAUUUGUGGCAAGAAGUUCGAGAAGAAGGAUUGCGUGGCAGCUCAUAAAGCCAAGAGUCACGCGGUGAUGCUCAUAGCUGAAGCGCUCGCAGACAACGCAGGCACCCUUAUUACAAAUCCUGCGUCCUUGCUGGAGCUACCCAAAGAACCAGUGCAGGCAGAGGUGUUCAGCAUGGAAAUGAACAAUGUGGGUCAAGAGGACCAAGUGCAACAAGUAGUGAUCAAGGAAGAACACGUUGAACAGCAAGUGGCUCAGGUUUCCCAGGUUAGUUAUAUACCCCAACAAGAUCACCAGGUAGUUCUGGUGGGACAAGACCAGACUCUCCAUACCAAGCAGGUGCCAGCGACCCCUCAUGUGCGGACAAGCAGCAGCAGCAGUGUCGCCUUCAGCUCCAGAUUCCCAUCCAGUUCAUUGAGCAGCCCUAACAACUUACCCUCCACCCCCCCUCAGUGGUGACCCAGCACCAAGCCCUGCCUCGUUUGUCCCACGACACCUUGAAGGUACACUAACAAGUAUUUAUGACGAGAAUACAUUUAUUGUUCUAUUAUUUGGAGGCAUAGCUGUCUAUUUAAGGGGAUAACGUUUUCAUGUAAAAUGGGGAAAGAAGCUGUUGACAAGAGAGCAUACCCCUGAAGCCAUCUGCUUUGUAUAUUACUAAUGUUUUAGUACAUCAAGUAUUCUCGUCUGUAGCUAGUAGAAUAUAUAUUGGUACUUAUUUGGCUCACUUAUCUGUGUUGUGCUUCCUUUUAAAUAAAGGUUGGCCCAGGAAUUAGCUUGUUUCAGUGUCAGUGCUUUCACUCGUUGAACCUCACUUUUAUUGGUAUAUUUGAAGAAAUGUUUUAUUUAUAUUAGGGCUGUCAUAAAUAGCACAUUAACAGCGGUAACUAAUUUAUUUCAUUAAUUACAUCAACAUUUUUUACCGUCAUUAACGCAUGCGCACCAUGUCAAACAACAUCUUUCUGUUAUGAUGGCAGACGGAGCCACAAUAGCUCCAAAAAUCACAACACCCUCUUUAUUAUGCGUGUAUGUGAGGUCUAAAUAAACAGAAAAACAAAGAAAAACAGUUAAGUGGAUAUUCUUAUCUCUCACGAACGUAACUCUUACUGCAGAAGUACAAUUUGCUGCAUUUAAGUAUACUCGGAAGAAAACACAUUUACACUCAAAAUGUGAAUUCAACUUAAGUUACGUGGUGUCUUUAAACAACCCUUCAUGGGUCAUAACGAGGCGAUUUGAAGUGUGAUUGUGCUACUAUUAAAGAGUCUAGCGUUGGGCAAAUACAUUUUCAGAUGUGUGGUAUCUUUUAGCUUGGUGUGAACUUUCAGUUCACAUGGAGUUGUUAAUACAAACAUAUACUGUAUAAUUGUUUCCUGUCAUUUACCUUUCUCUUCAUAAAAUACAGCAAAAAUGGACACAUUUUGAACACUGGCAAAUGGUGAUUAAUUAUGAUUAAUUUCAAAACUAUAUAUAUGUAUAUACACACACACACUCAUACAGUGCAUAUAAAAUUGUAUUUUAUUUUUUUUACAGGCCGUUGGGGAACAAAGCAUGUUGGGAGGCUAGUCUCUUCACAUAAAGACUGAACACAUCUUACUUUACAAUGUGUAUUCUGUUCUUCUGUUAUUGCUCGUGCUGUUUCUGUAGCAGUUUUGUUGUGUUACAAUGUCCG